GCGCUGGCUGGAGAGUAAUGUUACAGAGCGGAGAGAGUGAGGAGGCUGCGUCUGGCUCCCGCUCUCACAGCCAUUGCAGUACAUUGAGCUCCAUAGAGACAGCGCCGGGGCAAGUGAGAGCCGGACGGGCACUGGGCGACUCUGUGCCUCGCUGAGGAAAAUAACUAAACAUGGGCAAAGGAGAUCCUAAGAAGCCGAGAGGCAAAAUGUCAUCAUAUGCAUUUUUUGUGCAAACUUGUCGGGAGGAGCAUAAGAAGAAGCACCCAGAUGCUUCAGUCAACUUCUCAGAGUUUUCUAAGAAGUGCUCAGAGAGGUGGAAGACCAUGUCUGCUAAAGAGAAAGGAAAAUUUGAAGAUAUGGCAAAGGCGGACAAGGCCCGUUAUGAAAGAGAAAUGAAAACCUAUAUCCCUCCCAAAGGGGAGACAAAAAAGAAGUUCAAGGAUCCCAAUGCACCCAAGAGGCCUCCUUCGGCCUUCUUCCUGUUCUGCUCUGAGUAUCGCCCAAAAAUCAAAGGAGAACAUCCUGGCCUGUCCAUUGGUGAUGUUGCGAAGAAACUGGGAGAGAUGUGGAAUAACACUGCUGCAGAUGACAAGCAGCCUUAUGAAAAGAAGGCUGCGAAGCUGAAGGAAAAAUACGAAAAGGAUAUUGCUGCAUAUCGAGCUAAAGGAAAGCCUGAUGCAGCAAAAAAGGGAGUUGUCAAGGCUGAAAAAAGCAAGAAAAAGAAGGAAGAGGAGGAAGAUGAGGAAGAUGAAGAGGAUGAGGAGGAGGAGGAAGAUGAAGAAGAUGAAGAUGAAGAAGAAGAUGAUGAUGAUGAAUAAGUUGGUUCUAGCGCAGUUUUUUUUUCUUGUCUAUAAAGCAUUUAACCCCCCUGUACACAACUCACUCCUUUUAAAGAAAAAAAUUGAAAUGUAAGGCUGUGUAAGAUUUGUUUUUAAACUGUACAGUGUCUUUUUUUGUAUAGUUAACACACUACCGAAUGUGUCUUUAGAUAGCCCUGUCCUGGUGGUAUUUUCAAUAGCCACUAACCUUGCCUGGUACAGUAUGGGGGUUGUAAAUUGGCAUGGAAAUUUAAAGCAGGUUCUUGUUGGUGCACAGCACAAAUUAGUUAUAUAUGGGGAUGGUAGUUUUUUCAUCUUCAGUUGUCUCUGAUGCAGCUUAUACGAAAUAAUUGUUGUUCUGUUAACUGAAUACCACUCUGUAAUUGCAAAAAAAAAAAAAAAAGUUGCAGCUGUUUUGUUGACAUUCUGAAUGCUUCUAAGUAAAUACAAUUUUUUUUAUUAGUAUUGUUGUCCUUUUCAUAGGUCUGAAAUUUUUCUUCUUGAGGGGAAGCUAGUCUCUUGCUUUUGCCCAUUUUGAAUCACAUGAAUUAUUACAGUGUUUAUCCUUUCAUAUAGUUAGCUAAUAAAAAGCUUUUGUCUACACACCCUGCAUACCAUAAUGGGGGUAAAGUUAAGUUGAGAUAGUUUUCAUCCAUAACUGAACAUCAAAAAUCUUGAUCAGUUAAGAAAUUUCACAUAGCCCACUUACAUUUACAAACUGAAGAGUAAUCAGUCUACUCAAAGCAUGGGAUUAUUAGAAUCAAACAUUUUGAAAGUCUGUCCUUGAAGGACUAAUAGAAAAGUAUGUUCUAACCUUUACAUGAGGACUCUAUUCUUUAACUCCCAUUACCAUGUAAUGGCAGUUAUAUUUUGCAGUUCCCACAUUAAAGAAGACCUGAGAAUGUAUCCCCAAAAGCGUGAGCUUAAAAUACAAGACUGCCAUAUUAAAUUUUUUGUUGACAUUAGUCUCAGUGAAGACUACGAAAAUGCUGGCUACAGAUGUCUUUUCCCAUUUAUCUCAAUAUGGACUGCUCAGGAAACGAGACUUUCCAUUACAAGUAUUUUUAAUUAAUUGGGCCAGCUAUGAAGAUGCCACAUUCAAAAUAGGGUAUAUUUUCCUAUAUUAUGGUUUGCCCCUUUAUAAAUCCAAGUAGAUAGGAAAGAAGACACUUAAACUUUACAUCUCAGUAUGAAUUAUUCAAUUUAUUUGAAUGAUUUUUCUUUACAAAACAAACUCAUUAGUCAUUAUCUGCUUAGCAGUUUAGGGAACAAUUUGGCAAUUUUGUGGUUUUCGAGAUUAUCGUUUUCUUAAAGUGCCAGUAUUUUAAAAUAGCGUUCUUGUAAUUUUACACGCUUUUGUGAUGGAGUGCUGUUUUGUUAUAUAAUUUUGACUUGGAUUCUUUCCAUUUGCAUUUGUUUAUGUAAUUUCAGGAGGAAUACUGAACAUCUGAGUCCUGGAUGAUACUAAUAAACUAAUAAUUGCAGAGGUUUUAAA